AUGCUGGUAUAUAACAUCAUUAUAGCUCAGAUCUAUGUUGAUGACAUUGUAUUCGGUGCUACUAAUCAUAAGCUUGUGAAGGAAUUUGUUCAUGCUAUGUCCACCACUUUCGAGAUGAGUAUGGUGGGGCAAUUGAAUUUUUUCUUAGGUCUGCAAGUGAAACAAACUCCUGAUGACAUUUUCUUCUCACAAAGUAAAUAUGCUAAAAGCCUUGUAAAGAGAAUUGGUCCAGAAUCAGCCAAACAUAUGAGAACUCCUAUGGGUUCUAACAGAUUAUGCAGAGAUGAUGUUGGGAACAAUGUUGAUCCAUCAUUGUAUCGAGGGAUGAUUGGAAGUCUGUUGUAUCUGACAACAAGUAGACCUGACAUCCUGUACAGUGUAGGAGUUGUGCCAGGUACCAAGCUAUGCCCAAAGAGUCUCAUCUAA